UUUCAGGCUUGCCGAGAAGGGAGAUUCACUCAAACAUCUAUAAUUGUCUUGUUACCACGUCAUAUCUCAGUAAUUUGUUUUUGAAAAGCUUGCUUCAAAAAAAAAGUAAAUCUGAAGCGAUCACAUUCACCGUCUGGGGGUCCGUCUCCGAAAAUGGAGAACGGCAAAUUGGCGGGCACCGAAUCACUUGAAUCGAUUGAAAGUGGUAAUACCAGUUCAGCGUUAUCUACGCGGAUAGUGCCUAAUGUUGCUGGGAGUGAGCCAGUACGUACCCUGUUCGUUUCUGGCUUGCCGAUGGAUGCCAAACAGCGCGAGCUUUACCUCCUUUUCCGAUCCUGCCGUGGCUACGAAAAUUCACUGCUCCGAAUAACGCAAUCAAAGGAUGGCGGUAUUGCAUCGCCUGUUGGUUUUGUCACUUUUUCUAGUGCCGAGGAUGCCGAUAUUGCCAUGAAAACCUUGCAGAGUGUACUUUUUGACCCUACUACUGGUCAUAAAAUUCGUCUUGAAAAGGCAAAAAGUAAUACGAAGGUACCGAAACCUAAGCAGAUCUCGCCACCAUUAGCAGUUCUCCCACCGCCAACCUCCGUUACCGCGGCACCUUUUCCUGCAGGUGUGCUUCAGGCUGCAGCUGCAGCCGUUGCAGCGUCGGCAGCACAGCCGCCACAGUCAAUUUUUGCACCACCACCUCCGCCACAAUUAUCUGCUCCGACAUCUCACCGACAGGAUUUAUUCAGUGCGGCAUGUAUCAGUGAUCCACAGCUAGCCCAUAUUCUCAACGAAAAUCAUUUCCUUCUCAAUUCAGUACCGCAGUUUGCAGCUGCUGCUGCAGCAGCAGCUGCUGCAGCAGCUUCUCAACCACCGUUUCUAUUACCCCCCGCUGCAGCUGCAAUUGCUGCGGGUUUGCCAUUGCCUUCCAUUGCAGCUGCCAAUGUUUCUUCAACACCUUUUUUGCAACCAAAUGCUGCAGUUGCCCAAUUAACAGCUGCUACGCAACAUGUUGCCGCUGCACAACUGAAUGCUGUAGCUGUAACAUCGGCAAAUGCAGUUACAAAGGCUACAGCAGCAGUAUCACCAGCAUGCUCCACACUAUUUGUAGCCAAUUUGGGAGAUGGAAUCACAGAAGAUGAAUUGAAAGCUGUUUUUUGUGCUUAUCCCGGAUUUACACGAUUACGAUUGCAUACCAGGAAUGACACAACCGUAGCGUUCGUGGAAUUUCGAGAUGUGCGACAGGCAACGCUAGUGAUGAAUGCUCUCCAGGGUUGUCGUAUUUCGAGUUCACAUCGUGGUGGUAUUCGAAUCGAAUAUGCACGAAAUCGAAUGGGAGACAUCACCGGCCAAUGAAGGAUGGAGCAUCAAUAGACAAAUAUACUCAGGGCUUUGAUCUCUUGGGCGAUCUUUCAGUAUGUUGUAGAUUUUCAUAUUAUUAAAUUUUUCAUUUUGC